AUGUUAGCUCUAGGUCGUAAGUUUGUGAUCGCCAACGCUCGUGUGGAGAACUGCGCCAUCAUCUUCUGUAAUGAUGGCUUCUGCCUCAUGUGCGGUUACACUCGCGGUGAGAUCAUGCAGAAGCCGUGCACCUGUAACUUCCUGUACGGACCUGGAACCAAGCGGCUCGCCAUCGCUCAGAUGGCACAGGCGCUGCUGGGCGCCGAGGAGCGCAAGGUGGAGAUCAACCUGUACCGGAAAGACGGCCUUCAUCAUGAUGGAUCUCCGCUCUUGCCUUGCGCUCCAUUGUCCCAGUACGACUGA